AUGAACGACGUUCUCAUCAACCCCGUGCACCCUCUCCCGGCCAUAAGGGUCAAAUCCUCAUCAUCAGGCCCUACAGCCUCGCUCAAAACCGGCAGGUCCUCGUCGAUUAAGAAACAGCCGCAGUCGCCGCCCCGAAAUGCCGCCAUCGAUUCCAUAUCCCGCGCCAUCAGAGGCGCCAACAACCUUGUUCUGUCCUUGCGGGAUGGUCUGUCCGAGCUCGAGCGGGAGAACAAGAGGAAACAGGAAGAGAGGAAGCAGAUAUUGUCUCUCCGCAUGAAGAAUGCAAAAUGGCAGGAAGCCGCCGAGGAACUUGAUAUACUCGAAGAGAACGACGUGUGGAAGGUGGACCCCUACGAUGGCGACUACUACCCCGAGUUGAUCGAGGCACGACUGAAAGAGCUCGACGAUGCCCGAACAAAUUGCGAUACACGAGCCAUGAUGCACCUCGUUCGCACAGCAUUGUGCAGAGACCUCGGUGGCAUGGGGAAUGUUGAUCUAUACAGACACUCCUACGUCGGCACCAAGAAUCUCAUCGAGCGCUAUGUCGACUCGGCCAUCCAGACCAUUGACGCUCUCGUUGAAAAGAGCCAAUACGCGUUACCCGAGGGCAUGGGCCAGAGAGACAUCUUGGAGAGCGUCCUGUUCGCUCGCCAAAGCUUUGGCCGAAGCGCGUUGCUGUUGAGCGGCGGAGGAACCCUGGGUAUGUCCCAUAUAGGUGUUUUAAAGGCGCUCUUCGAGGUCAAGCUGCUGCCGCGCAUCAUAUCGGGUGCCUCAGCUGGCUCCAUCGUGUCUGCCGUCAUCUGCACCCGAACCGACGAGGAGAUUCCUCGUCUUGUUAGGGAAUUCCCGUACGGUGACCUUGCCGUCUUCGAUGCCGAGGAGAACCCUGAUGGAGUCUUUGACCAUAUGCGACGAUUGCUCACCGAGGGGAGUUGGUCCGACAUCAAGCACUUGACUCGUGUGAUGCGCGGUUUGGUGGGAGACCUCACGUUCCAAGAAGCUUACAACCGCACACGGCGAGUCCUCAAUAUUUGCGUAUCCACCGAGUCCAUGUACGAACUACCUCGCUUACUCAACUACAUCACCGCUCCCAACGUCAUGAUUUGGUCGGCGGUGGCCGCUUCUUGCUCGGUGCCAUUGGUCUUCAGCGCGGCUCCGUUGCUAGUCAAGAAUCCUGAUACCGGCGAGCAUAUGCCCUGGAAUCCGACGCCACAGAGAUGGAUUGAUGGCUCCGUCGACAACGACCUACCCAUGACGAGGCUUGCGGAAAUGUUCAAUGUGAAUCAUUUCAUCGUCUCGCAAGUCAACCCGCAUGUCGUGCCCUUCUUGGCGCGUGAUGACCAACUCGACCCUGAUGAUACCUCAGCGCGUAGAACCAGUCUCUCGCCCAGCAAACAGGAGCUUGAUUGGGUAUACACUCUGACGGCUCUGGCCAAGGAUGAAGCGUUGCAUCGCCUGCACUUUCUGGCCGAGAUUGGCGUCUUUCCAACACUAGUCACGAAGCUUAAGAGUAUUCUCAGCCAGAAAUAUUCUGGCGACAUCAACAUUCUACCGGAAAUCAGUAUCCACGACAUACCAAAGAUCCUUAGCAACCCAAGCCCCGAUUUCAUGUUACGGGCUUGCUUGAUGGGCGAACGCGCAACGUGGCCGAAACUAAGUCGGAUUCGUGACCGCUGCGCCAUCGAACUCGCACUGGAUCGAGCUGUUCAUCGUCUACGCGCUCGUGUUGUGUUCUCUGACAGCCAAGUCGACUUGCGUCGACUCACCACUGGCAUUGUCUUGCCGCCACCGUGGCCGAAGUCGACAGGGGGUGCGAAGAUUGCACCAUCCGGAACCCCAGCCCUUACUCUGGAUACAGAGAUCGUCAAGAACCGUCAGCGCCGAUGCUCGGGCAGCAGUGUACAGCUCAUGGCUCACCACCGACGCUUGAUGGAGAACGUGCUCACUGAUGAAGAGACAGAGGAAGAGGAGCGUCUAGAAAUGCGGGCAAGACACGGUCACGGAAGCACGUCACCUGUCCUUGUUCGCAAGCCUCGUCUCAAGAGAGCAGCUAAGAGCCAUUUCAAUGUUUCUUUGGCACGGGGACCUCAGACUAGUCCCAUAAACCCGGCUUAUCUUGAGGCCGUCGAAUUUGACUUUGGAAAACCCGUGACGCCUCCUUUGCACCGGUCACGACACUCAGAGGGGUCAUUGGCACACAGCGCCAGCUUGGCCAUGACACCAGCCAAUGACGUAGACCCUCUCGCUCCGGGGUCGAGAGGCGAGGCGACAUCCCACACCGAGCUAGAAACAUCAGACUUGCAUUCCUCCGACGGGGAUGUCGAGUCUCAUACCGAAAUGUCGGACCCAGAGCCAUACAGCGAUAGUCACUGGCUCCGCGAAGGGUCCGGUGAAAUAGACCCAGCCCUCAAGGAAGGCAAAGACUUGCCCGAGAUUAGCAGCCGUGAAGUCAUCGCGGUGAACGAUUCUGUGGGAGGACUUUGGGAUUGA